UAGCACAUAGUAGGUUCUUACCAGAAGAUGGGACUGUAUUAGGGUAACAAUAUGAGUUUACACUGUUUUCUUAGUGUUGGAUCUUUAGGUGUGGGAUAGGCAUUUAAUGUGGGAAGUGGGUGGGAAUGGUUUGCUCCUACUUCCCACAGAAUGCCAUAUUGGGUAGUGUUGAACCAUCCCACAGAAUGCCAUAUUGGGUAGUGUUGAACCAUGCAUGAAAACUGGCAACUGGCCCAGGUACAUGCACUAAUACAUGAAUUAUUUUUAUCUUUGCCUUUGCCUUACAGCUAGAAAAAAAAAUACAUGGCUGGGUAGAUUUUCAGUCUAUCCAGAACUAAGGAAGAAACCCAAGGCUUUAAAAAAUUCUUACCAGUUUAUUUAUUGCUUUACAGCUUAUUCAAAUUGUUACGUAUCUUGACUCAUUGCUUAGCUUUUUGGCCAAUAGGAUUUCAGGAUGCAAUGCACUAAUAUAAAUUCUUGGAUUGGUUUAACUGCCUCUGAUGUCACAAUUUCCCCAUUUGGAUGUCAUAAUUUUCUUGAAAUCACAUGGUACCAAUCACAAGUCUUGUUAUUUUGUUUCAUUAUGAGAAAGAUAAUCUACCAAAUAUAAAAAUGCUGGAAGGAGCAAGGUAGCUUUGAUCCAGGGAGACCUUUUCCAUUUAUGUGCUUUAGUAAUCUGCUGCCAACAAGCUGUCUUCUUUAUGUUCUUUUACAACUGAUGUUGUUUUGUUUUCUCAUGUUUGUCUCUUAAUAGACAAAUGGAGGCAUGAGCUUCCUUAGAAUUACUCCUUCGACGCAUAGUUCUGUUUCAUCUGGACUUUUGAGGCUUAGUAUCUUUCUACUGCUUAGCUUUCCUGACUCAAAUGGAAAAGCCAUUUGGACAGCUCACCUUAAUAUAACAUUUCAGGUUGGAAAUAAGAUCAUAUCAGAAUUAGGAGAGAGUGGAGUGUUCGGGAAUCAUUCUCCCCUGGAAAGGGUGUCUGGUGUGGUGGCACUUCCUGAAGGAUGGAAUCAGAAUGCCUGUAAUCCUUUGACCAAUUUCAGCAGGCCCGAACAGGCAGACUCUUGGCUGGCCCUCAUCGAACGUGGAGGCUGUACUUUUACACAUAAAAUCAACAUGGCAGCAGAGAAGGGAGCAAAUGGGGUGAUCAUCUACAACUAUCAAGGUACGGGCAAUAAAGUAUUUCCCAUGUCUCACCAGGGGACGGAAAAUAUAGUUGCGGUGAUGAUAGGCAACCUGAAAGGCAUGGAAAUUUUGCACUUGAUUCAGAAAGGAGUCUAUGUGACAGUCAUCAUUGAAGUGGGGAGAAUGCACAUGCCAUGGGUGAGCCAUUACAUCAUGUCUCUGUUUACCUUCCUGGCUGCCACAAUUGCCUACCUUUACUUACAUUGUGUCUGGAGACCUAGAGUGCCCAAUUCUUCCACCAGGAGGCGAAGUCAAAUAAAGGCAGAUGUGAAGAAAGCUAUUGACCAGCUUCAACUGCGAGUUCUCAAAGAAGGGGAUGAGGAAUUAGACACAGAUGAAGACAACUGUGUUGUUUGCUUUGACACAUACAAACCCCAAGAUGUAGUACGCACUUUAACUUGCAAACAUUUUUUCCAUAAGGCAUGCAUUGACCCCUGGCUUUUAGCCCAUAGGACAUGUCCCAUGUGCAAGUGUGACAUCCUGAAAAGUUAAGAAAUCUGGAGAAUUUUCUGAAGAUGUAACCAGAUCUUUCCAAAUACAAAGAUUAGAUAAAUUCUCUUAUUGUACUUUAUGUAGAGAGAAAAUUUCAGCUUCUCUACCCAAGUACGAACAUGGGUGAAAUUUGUGUUUUAAAAAUAAACUCCUUAUCAUGCCCAGC